AUGCCCAUUUCUGAUUCUGCAUUUUGUGUCAAUUCCCAACACAAACUUUUAACUGUUUACACAGAUUCAGCUCCGAAUUCUCUCUCAGAACUUAAUUGUCCUAAUGUAUUGGACUCAAUUGGUGCCUUUGACCAUGAAGGUAAAAGUAGUCGCACCUCUAAUUCGGAAGCUGUUGGUAAUUCUUUCGUCACUUUUGAGGUUUCUGAGACCGAAACAUGUGCAAGCAAUUUAUCAGACGACUUUCAAACAGUUCCAGAAUAUUCGUUGCAUACUGAGGUUUACGUACCAGCAACGUUUCCUAGUACAUUGUGCCGUUAUACAGAUCAGACAAGCACAGAUUAUUAUGGAGAUAUUGUUACUCAGAAUUUGUUAUGGCUAGCUGAGGAAGCUGUACAUGCACCUCUUGAUGUUAUGACGGAAAUUCCCCAGGAUACAAACCUCAUGUCUAAUGUGCACCCUAAUUAUAGGGCAGAUAGUAUUUUAGGAACAUAUGAAACAAAUGCAAAUAGUUUUCAAUACAGUAACUCAGUCCAGUGUACACAUGCAUUUGAAUUGCCUUCGGCAACAUUUUUGACCGAUACAGAUCAGCAAUCAGCACGUAAUUCUUCUUCUGUAUACACACCAGCCGUGGUUUACCCUUGCAGUAAUACAAAGUCGGAAUCGCUUCCUAAAAACACGGAGUAUUCAUCUGUGGAAAAUGUCCCAGCCAAGUGUGUACCUGUGAUUCAUCCUAUCAUUUCUGAGAAUAAUAACACAGUCUCCAAAAAAUCGAAGUGGAUUUGUACUCAUUGUUCUUUGAGUUUUACACGUCCAAGUCACUUGGUAGAUCAUUUGCGUAUUCACACCGGUGAAAGACCUUACAAGUGUAUUUUAUGUGGACGUCAAUUCACUCAAGCUUCUAACCUUCGCCGACAUCUCUCAAGUCACAGAGCCUGGCCACCAGUGUCAUUUGUAACUGCUGCUGCAUCCAAUGGGCACCAAAAUUCUGAAAUAGUUCCAAAAAACACUGAAGUGGUAACUAACUCUACUUCAUAUCGCCAUGUUUCUCCUAAAAUUUGGAUCUGUCGGUUUUGUGAUCAACGAUUUGAAACAUACAUACAACUUCGGGCUCAUAUUGUACAUCAUAAAGACAAGCAGGUUUAUGCAUGUGUAUUUUCUGAUUGUAACUCCUCUUUUUCAUCACCAAACAGUUUAUUAAAUCAUUUGUUAGAAAAACAUCGAGUUAACAGGAGUGAUAAACUUGCAUGUCAAACUUGCGACCAAAAGUUUCACGAUUUCUUGCAUCUUGUUAGACACUUGUUGCCUCGACGUAAUGGAUCUAACUCCGGUUGUCCUAUGCUGUAUAUUAGAUCAAGAAAAAAGGAAAGUAAAUUGGUGAAGAGGAAUCGUAAAUUUAUUUCACACCAUAGGCCUACUAAUGCACAGGAUAUAGAACGAAGUUCAAAGUCGUCAGCUGAAUACUCCAGUGCUGCUAAUUAUUUGGAUCCGACAUUCCGUAUACUUCCUUUACAAAGUUUCAAAAAAGAUAAUUCAUUAUUUGGUUUCAAGUGCCCUUUUUGUGUGAAAAUUUGCAAAAGUCUUAAACAUAUUCAUACACACUUGUCUGAAAGACAUUCAAACCAAAUGAACCUUUCAGUAUUCAAAUCUGCCUUGUCCAACAAAACUACGAAUGAUGACACUAAUAAUACUGUUUCCCUGCUGCGUAAUGCAGAUUCGUCUUUCAGUGGUGGUGAAUCUUCUAAAACAGCUUUAUUUCUUCUUCAACUAGAAGAGUGUAUGUUAUCUCAAGGAAAUCACCUAGAAUCUAACAAGAAUGCUUCACCUAAAAUAUUUGUAUGCAGAUUUUGUGGAAAAGGCUUUCAAAAACAGAAGUUUUUCAGUGACCACGAGUUGAUGUGUCAACAGUUUCUCACAGCUUUUCUUUAGGAAAUAUUCAAGAAGCAACGAGUGAACUAAAAUUUCCACCUUAUUUUUACAAGCCCUUGUAUUAGCGAUUUAGGAUUUUUGAUAAUCGUAUAUCAUCUGGUUGAUAACUAAACCAUUCAACUUUCAGUUGACAAGUCCUGUUUUGGAACCUCAACCUACUUAUUGUGGUUUGGGUGCUAAACAAGAGGAUUAGCUUCCUUACAAGGUAUGACUUAAAGCUAUGUAAAUAAAUUUAUUUCUGGUAGAUGUAUAAUAUUUGAUUGUCACUACGGAAAGAGAGAACUGAUAAAAUUGUCUGGAUAUAUUGAUUUCUGGGGUACAUAGACGAAAUAGCUAAAGAUUGUUCAAAAUUAU